AUGGGGGGACACCGGGACCUGAGGGGACCCCGGGCCCCGGGGGGACACGGCCCAGGGGGUGACACUGGCCCGAGGGUGACACCGGGACCUGAGGAGACCGAGCGGCUGCUGAGCCGCGGGCCCGGGUACGGCACGGCCGGGGCGGCGCCGGUACCGGGGGAUGAGGAGGAGGAGGAGGAUGAGGAGGAAGAGCUGCGGCGGCGCCUCAAGUAUUUCUUCAUGAGCCCCUGUGACAAGUACCGGGCCCGCGGCAGGCGGCCCGUCAAACUGGCACUGCAGCUCGCCAAGAUCGUCCUCGUCACCGUGCAGCUGAUCCUGUUCGGGCUCAGCAACCAGCUGGUGGUGGCCUUCAAGGAGGACAACACGGUGGCCUUCAAGCACCUGUUCCUCAAGGGCUACGAGGACGGCGCCGAUGACACCCAGGCCACCUACACCCGCGGGGACCUCCUGGAGAACCUGGCCUUUGUCCUCGAGAAGUACCUGGCUGUCCCCAACGAGUCCCUGGGCCGUUACGCGUACGGGGACAGCGCCGAGCUCCGGCUGUGCCAGCGCUUCUUCCGCAGGGGGGACAUCGACCCCGGCAACGACACCUUCGACAUCGACCCCGGAGUCGUCACCGAGUGUCUGGAGGUGCACCCCGGGGACCCCCGGCCACCGGCGCUGAACGGCACCGACGGCAACUUCACCCUCCAGUUCCACAGGCUGAUCAAUGUCACCGUGGAGUUCCAGCUCAAGGCCAUCAACAUCCAAACGCUGCUGAACCACGAGAUCCCCGACUGCUACACCUUCAGUGUCACCGUGACGUUUGACAACCGCGCCCACAGCGGGCGAGUGCGGAUCCGCCUGGACACCCACGCGGCCAUCCGGGAGUGCCACCACCCCUCGCUGCCCGGCACAGGUGACAAUUCGCGGCGCCUGGCGUUUGACGUGUUGGUGACAGCCGUGUGCUCGCUGUCCCUGGCGCUCUGUGCCCGCUCCAUCGCCCGCGGGCUGCUCCUGCAGCGGGAGUUCAGCCGGUUCCUGUGGCGCCGGCACGGCCGCGCCGUGUCCGUGUGGGAGCGGCUGGAGUUCCUCAACGGCUGGUACCUGCUGCUGGUCAGCAGCGACCUCCUGACCGUGCUGGGCACCGGCAUCAAGAUCCGCAUCGAGGCCAAGAACUUCUCGGACUACGACGUGUGCAGCAUCCUGCUGGGGACAUCCACGCUGCUCGUCUGGGUCGGUGUCAUCCGGUACCUGACCUUCUUCCAGAAAUACAACAUCCUGAUCGUGACGCUGCGCGUGGCGCUGCCCAACGUGAUGCGUUUCUGCUGCUGCGUGGCCGUGAUUUAUUUGGGAUAUUGCUUCUGCGGCUGGAUCGUGCUGGGCCCGCACCACGUCAAGUUCCGCUCGCUGUCCAUGGUGUCGGAGUGCCUGUUCUCGCUGGUCAAUGGCGAUGACAUGUUUGCCACCUUCGCGGCGCUGCGGCCCAGCGGGGCGCUGGUGUGGCUGUUCAGCCAGGUGUACCUGUACUCCUUCAGCGCGCUCUUCAUCUACAUGGUGCUCAGCCUCUUCAUCGCCCUCAUCACCGGCUCCUACGACACCAUCAAGAGCCAGUCGGAGGCGGCCCCUCCCCCGUCUCAGCUCCAGGUGUUCAUCGCUCAGUGCCAGGACAGCCCCAAAUCCGGAAAGUUCCGCCGGGACAGCUCCGCCUCCUGCUCCGCCCUCUGCUGCUGCGGCCGGGCUCCCGCGCAGGACAGCGCGCUGCUGGUGAACUGAGGGGACACCGAGGGGACACCGAGGGGACACCGAGGGGACACCGGGGGGACACCCCAAAACCCCCCCAGCUUUUAAUUUAUUUUAUUUUCUGCUUUUACCCGCCCUCGACCCCGAAUUUGGGACCCCCAGGAUGGAUUUUUUGGGGGGGGUUUGAGACUUCUGGGUCCCCAAAUCUGUUUUUGGGGACCCCCAGAUCAUUUUUUGGGGUAAAUUUGGAACUUUGGGGCGCCCCAAAUCCGUUUUUGGGGGCACUUUGGGGUCCCCAGGAUGGGUUUUGGGGACACUUUGGGAUGCCCAAAUUUUUUGGGGGGAUUUUUUUUUGGGGUUAGGUUGGAAUUUCAAGACUCCCAAAUCCAUUUUUGGGGGGAAACUUUGGGACCCCCAAAUCUGUUUUUAGGGCCAGUUUGGGACCCCCUGACGGUUUCGGGGGGUAAAUCCGGACCCUUGGCACCCCCAAAUCCAUUUUUGGGGACACUUCGGGGACCUCGUCCCUGUCCUUGGGGUCACCGGAGCCGCUCUGGGUCCCCCCACCCAGCCAAAAAUGCCCCUUUUCACCCCAAAUUUGGGGGGUGUGGCCACACUGGGCGGGGUUUCGUGUCCCCAAGGGGACAAUAAAGGUGA